CGUAGCCAAGCCGGGAGGGCGGUUGCCGUGGAAACCGCGGCCAUGGCGGCACCGGGUCCGGCGAGUGGUCGCACAACCCAGCGCGAGGAGCCGGCUGGCUCCGCAGAGUCGUCGGACACUGCCCGGACGUCAGUGCCCAUCGUGUCCACCGUGUCCCCCGAGCUACCUCUCUCGCCAGGACAGGGCGUGGAGCCUCCGGGCAAGAACCUGUGGGAGCAGAUCUGCGAGGAGUAUGAAGCUGAGCUGCCUCCCUUUCCAGAGGGAUGUAAAGUCAAACAAGAAGCUAUGAUUUCUGUUUCACCAUUAGAGGAAACGGUUCUCCAUGGCUUCAAUACAGAGCACGUUUAUUCAGCUCCUCAUUUGACCAUGGGCUCGCAUGUACUCUGUCCUCAAGUCAAGUUGGAAACAGUUGAUCCAAAAACAUGUUCCCCCAAGGAAUAUCUGGAAACAUUCAUCUUUCCAGUUCUACUUCCCGGAAUGGCUAACCUGCUUCACCAAGCAAAGAAAGAAAAAUGUUUUGAGAGAAAAAGAACCAAAUUCAUUGCCUGUGAUUUUCUGACUGAGUGGUUAUACAAUCAAAAUCCAAAGAGGAUAGGGGAGGCUUUCACAGAAUUCUUCUCCAUUCCGUUUGUGGACCAGUGGCUGAAACAUCACCCCCGGCCUCCGAUCCCACUCUCCCUCCUGCUGACAGAAGAAGAGGCAGCGCUGUGCAUUCAAUCCUUCUGGAGAGCCUAUCUGGUUCGGUGCGAUCCUGAGAUUCAAGAGUUGCGUCAGUGGCAGAAGAAACUGCGUGAAGACAAGCACAUUCGCCAGCGAGUCAAGAUUUUCUGGGCCAAACAAGAACAGAAAGUGAAAUGCAAAAUGGAGGACGAUGAGGAAAUUGAACCUACAACUCCACCACCUUAACUGCUGGGGGCUCUUUUCCCUUUGGAGCUUCAAGGACCCUACGUGAGGAAAAUGUACAAAUUAUGCUUCCUCUCUGUUGAUUUUUUUUUUAACGACUAGAUUUGGUACAUGUGAAUACAGAACCUUUUCUGCACAAGCUAGGAUUUGUUGCGAACAUGCUUUACUGCAUACAGUUUAUCCUAGGAGAGUACGAAUCUUAACUUUCUGCAUUAUCUCCAAAUUUUAUUCUUUUAUCCAUUAUUAUUUCUUCAGUGCUUCCAGUAUAUUCUUCUACACCAACCGCCGUUAAAAUGUACAACAAACUCUAGAUCCAAGAGACGCUGAAGUGUUUUAGUUUCCAGUUUACCACUUCUGGCUGCCUUGGCAAAGAUUGGUACUUAAAUUCGAGUCCCAAACCUCUGCCGUGGGCUUUAGGUUUAUCUGGUGAGUAUUCUCUUCAUAAAAAGGACGUAUUGCCUACAACCACUUGCAGAGGAGACUGACUCUUAACUCUGACUGCAAAUCCAACCAGUUGAAGACACC